AUGAAAGUGUGCAUCGUCGGCUCUGGCUUUUCUGGCCUGAGCACCGCUUCGGUGCUCAAGUACUUUGGUCAUGACGUGACAAUAUACGAAGCGGCCGCUUCAGCCGGCGGAGUCUGGAGCGACUCUCGCAGAUAUCCAGGCUUGACGACCCAGAACACCAAAGAUACAUAUGCGCUUUCCAGCUUGCCGAUGCCGAAGCAUUACCCCGAAUGGCCGACAGGCGAACAGGUAUGCGAAUACCUUCAUGCGUAUGCGGAUCAGCACGAUCUCAAGAGCAGAAUGAGACUAGGAACAAGAGUGGUGGAGACGAGAAGGAUAAAGAGAAGCACGGCCGAGCUGGUGGAUCGUCAAGUAGAAGGUGGACUGGCACCGGUCAAAUGGCAAGUCGUCGAUCAGCACGGACAAGCCGAAGAUUUCGAUCACAUUGUCAUUUGCACUGGUACCUUUGAUCAACCGCACCUUCCCAACUUGAAGGGAAAGGAGGAAUUUGAGGCAAAUGGUGGACAAGUGCUGCACUCGAGCCAAGUCCAUGAUAGCAAGACAUUGAAAGGCAAAAAGGUGGUGUAAGUCCGAGAUGAGACGGCCGGCUUGACCAAGUGCUGCAGUUGCUCAUGCAUUGCGCUGCUUCACAGCGUACUAGGUUACGGCAAGUCAUCACACGAUCUUGCUUACGCGGCUUCGCUGGCUCCAGCAGCCUCAGUCACGCUGGUAGCCAAACGCCUACUGCACAAGCUCCCACGCAAGCUCGGAGGGUUCUUACCAUACAAAUACUUGCUUCUCACGCGACUAGGCGAAGCUUUGUUCCCCUACAUUCGCAUCACGAAUCCCCUCGAAAAGGCUUUGCAUCACGGUCCGCUCAGGUGGUUGAGGGAGGCUAUGCUAGGCAGCAUUUCUUCCCUGGUCCGCUUUCAGCUCGGACUGGACAGCUUGGGACUGGUGCCGCCCACUCCGUUCGAAGAGAUUGCGUGCGCCAAGAUCAGUCUUGCCACUCCUCACUUCUUCAGUAGUGUCAAGCGAGGUGACAUAGACGUCAAGGCGCCUUAUCGCAUCCAGAGACUGGCAAAGGGGACGAUCACUAUCUACCCAAUCAGCUCCGAGAGGAGCUCAAAGGCCGACGAUAGCGAUCCCACGCGUCCCGUUGCGGAUGGCGUCGAGUCCAAAGCGUCCGCUGGAGCCAGCGAGACGACACUCGAUGCCGAUGUGAUCAUUUGCGGUACAGGUUGGGAACAAAAUGCGCCCACCUUUCUGCCGCAAGACGUGCAAGAGAGUCUUUUGGACGACUCCGGAAAUUGGGUCCUCUAUCGUAGAGUCUUGCCAUGUUCUCCGCUAGCGUCAGGCAUCACCUUCAACGGUUUCAGCUCCUCUCUGUUCUGUCCGACAUCCUCAGAAGCAGUGGCGCUUUGGAUCGCAGCGUACUUGUCUCAAGGAAGGAGAAUGUUGCCCUCUUCCAACCUUUCUCGCGAAGCCCAAUUGGACAUCUUGCGCACCAAGGCCGAAUUGGAUCUCGAAUGGCUCGGAAAGAGAUCGGGCGGUCAUCAUGCACGAGGCACAAACGUUGUCCCCUUUUCUCUCCACACCAUCGACGAGCUGUUAGCUGAUGCGGGCGUCGGACUCAGUCUGUGGAACAGGUUGAAAGAAUGGCUCUUACCCAUCAACCCAAGCGCAUACAAAGACCUUGCUCCCAGACUCCGAGAGCGCCUCGAAAGUCUCCAAGCGCCGCAAGGCAAAAAGACUGUGCAAAGCACCUCUGUAUCGCUCUGCCAAAAUAGGGUGCAAUCGCUUAUACCAUGCAUUCAGCGCGGCUGA